AUCAAGGCAUAGAAAAGCUGGGAGACCCCAAAAAUGAAGCAAAGAAUAUAUGCCAGUUGUUGGAAAGCAAAAGCUCCAGUUUAAAAACUCCCAAUCUCCUCGAAAUCCGUUCUUCAUACUUGGCAGACCAUUGCAGCGUUUGUGCGCGGCCCAAAAGUCUGGAAUAGAUCUCAUACUAGUGAACAACUGCAAGGAGAGCAUCUGGCCUGGUAUGGUGGGAGGUGCUGGCCAUGGCACACCAGCAGAUGGUGGCUUUCACUUGGGUUUCGGUGAGGAAAUCAUCCUGAAUGUGCCUCAAGGCUGGUCGGGCAGGAUAUGGGGCCGCCAAGGCUGCUGCUUCAAUGAACAAGGCCAUGGCGAAUGCGAAACAGGGGAUUGCUCUGGCCUGCUGCACUGCAACGGUGUUUCAGGUGUGCCGCCAGCGACAGUCGUCGAGAUGACGCUCGGCACAUCCAACUCACCUCUGCAUUUCUAUGAUGUGAGCUUAGUGGAUGGCUACAAUCUUCCAGUUGCCAUGGUUCCGGUGGGCGGUGGCAUAGGCUGCGGCGUGGCUUCAUGUGAGUCUGACUUGAAUGUGUGUUGCCCAUCAGCUCUGGAGGUGAGGAAAGGGGGCAGGGUGGUUGGUUGCAAGAGUGCAUGCUUGGCCAUGAACACAGCCAAGUUUUGCUGCACAGGAAACUAUUCUACACCCAAUACUUGCAAGCCCACAAUCUACUCCCAUCUCUUCAAGGCCAUAUGCCCAAGAGCCUACAGCUUUGCAUAUGAUGAUUCCAGUAGUCUUCACAAGUGCAUGGCUUCCCGGUACCUUGUCACCUUCUGCCCUCCCAGUCCCUACUAGUGUAAUUUGGAUCAGUAGAGCAGAUGAUGGCCUCUGCCCAAGUUGUCGCACAAAUCUUCAGAUGUAAGUUAGGAAGGCUUGUAGUUUUUUUUUUUGGGCCCUUGUACUAGUUGUAAUUUUUUUCUUAGAAAAAGAUUUGGUCACACCCAUGUUCUGAGGUGAUCAAAAUUGUAGCCCAUAGAAAGCGGCAUUUAGUUGGAAGAAGGCUCAACCAUGAUGUUGAUGUGAAGAAAACUUGAC